CAGUCUUUGCGCGCCCGCCCUGGCCAUCGAUCCUCUCCCUCGUCCCUCUCUUCUCACUUCACUUUGGCUUAACUCUCUUUGGUUUUUUCUGGUCCGUCUAUAUCUUCGCAACGCUCACUGUCCACCGCAAGUUCCCACCAAACAGAAAAAAACUUUCGAGCUGCCCCCCCAACGCCACCCGCCUAGCCAGCUCGGGCUCUGGUGAACUGCUCCUUCACCCUCUUGCGCUUACUUUAGCUUCCCUUUCCUUUUGCACACCCGAGUCCUCAGACCUCCUUCCCUCACCCACGGCCGUCUGGGCUACCCUGAGGACACGGCACACACACGCACACGCACCACCCUCUCGAAUCAUUCGACUCGUCCACACCAUCAGCCAUGUCUUCGUACAGCGACUCUGACGAUGACAUGCCUCUGGCAAGGUCCAACGGCAACCACCUCUCGGCUUCCAAGAUCUCGAAGGCCGACGACGAGGCUAUGGACGGGUCCGUUUCCAAAUCACAGCCGUCUGCCGCAGGCAUCUCAAUUCGAAAUGGCCCAAUCGACGAUGAUUCGAUGGACAUAGAUCAACCAAAUGGCACUGCAAAGAGGAAGUCACGCGCCUCGAUCAGCAACAAUGUCAGCUACAAGGACCAAUCCGAUAGCGAUGACGAAAUUCCUCUGGCCAAACGCCCCAAGAAGGCCCCCAAGCAGAGCGAUGACAGCGAUGAGCAGCCGAUAGCAGCCAAGAAGCUGCCACCUUCGUACAAGGAGACGGCCCUUCCCGACGACUCCUCCGACGAUGACAAGCCUCUUGGUGCAAAAUUAGCCAAGAAGAAGGCUCAGAUCGAGAAGAAGGCGGAGAAGGAGGCCAAGGCUAUUCGAGCGCACGAUGCCAAGGUCAAGAAGCCCGCUCCAAAGAAGGCUGUUAAGAAGGAGGACUCAUCAUCCGAUGAGCCGCUGGCCAAGCCGGUUAAGAAACAGUCGAACGGGACCGUCUCGAAGGCCAACGGUGUCAAGACCGAGAAGAAGGCUCCUGUCAAAGGCAAGGUCGCGGCACCAAAGAAAGCGGCGGCCAAGGCCAAGGAUAAGUCGCCCGAUGAGGAUGAGGAUGAGGAUGUUCACGAGUGGUGGAACGAGCCGAAACCUGAAGACGACAGCAUCAAGUGGAACACACUCGAGCACAAUGGUGUGUUGUUUCCCCCACCAUACGAGCCAUUGCCGAAGAAUGUCAAGCUCUUGUAUGAUGGCACUCCCGUGGACCUGCACCCCGACGCAGAAGAGGUUGCGGGCUUUUUCGGCUCCAUGCUCAACUCGACCCAGAACGUCGAGAAUCCUGUUUUCCAGAAAAAUUUCUUUGGCGACUUCAAGGAAAUCUUGCAAAAGACCGGAGGUGCCAAGGACAAGAACGGGAACAAGGUCGACAUCAAAGAAUUCUCCAAGCUUGAUUUCACUAGAAUUUACGAGCAUUACAAGGCGAUAUCCGAGGCGAAGAAAGCCUGGACCAAGGAGCAAAAGCAAAAAGCCAAGGAGGAGAAACAGAAGUUGGAGGAGCCGCUGCAGUACUGCAAGUGGAACGGGCGCAAGGAGAAGGUUGGAAACUUCCGUGUCGAACCUCCUUCGUUGUUCCGAGGCCGGGGCGAGCACCCCAAGACUGGCAAGGUCAAGAAACGGGUGAUGCCUGAGCAGGUCACCAUCAACAUCGGGAAAGAAGCCAAGGUCCCUUCUCCGCCACCAGGGCACAAAUGGAAGGCAGUCCAGCACGACAACAAAGCAACCUGGCUAGCCAUGUGGCAGGAGAACGUCAACGGCAACUACAAAUACGUCAUGCUUGCCGCCAGCGCCUCCGUCAAGGGCAAGGCAGAUAUGGCCAAGUUCGAGAAGGCUCGCCAGCUCAAGAAGCACAUCGAUUUCAUCCGCAAGGACUACACCAAGAAGCUGAAGAGUGAGGUCAUGCAGGAGCGCCAGAUGGCCACUGCGAUGUAUCUGAUCGACAAGUUCGCGCUCAGAGCUGGAAACGAGAAGGACACGGACAACGAAGCCGACACUGUGGGCUGCUGUUCCCUCAAGUUCGAGCACUUGACGCUUCGGGAGCCAGACACGGUCAUCUUCGAUUUCCUAGGCAAGGACAGCAUCCGAUUCUACGAUGAGGUCAAUGUCGACCGCCAGGUCUUCAAGAACUUGAAGAUGUUCAAGAAGCCUCCCAAGGAGGACGGGGACGACAUAUUUGACCGCGUUAAUACGUCGCAACUGAAUAAGCAUCUGUCCAACUACAUGCAAGGGCUGACGGCCAAGGUCUUCCGUACCUACAACGCCUCUUGGACCAUGUCGAAUCUGCUGCAGAAGCUCGACGUCAAGUCGCACAAGAACGCCACCAUCAACGAGAAGGUCAAGCUCUACAAUGACUGCAAUCGUGAGGUGGCCAUCCUCUGCAACCACAAGCGGACCGUAGGGGCUAGCCACGAGCAGGCAAUGGAGAAGCUUGGUGACCGGAUCAAAGGCCUGAAGUACCAGAGAUGGAGGGUGAAGAUGAUGAUCCUGGACGUCGACAUCAAGAUGAAGAAGAAGAAAGGAGCGGCGUACUUUGAGAGGGAGCCGGAGCUGACUGACGAGUGGGUCCUCAACCACCAGGCCUUCCUCGUCGAGGAACAGCGCACCAAGAUCACCAAGAAAUUCGAAAAGGACAACGAGAAGCUUGUCGCGGAGAAGAAGAAGCCACUUCCGGAGAAGGAGCUCAAGGAGCGGCUCAAGGUAGCGACUGAGCUCGAGAAGAAGUUCAAGAAGGAGAACAAGACCAAGAAGGUCGAGGCGGAGGGCAAGGGCCCCACGGUGGCCAAGCUCGAGACGAACAUUGAGAAGAUUGAGGAGAGGAUCAAGAACCUUGAGGCCCAGUCUGCUGACCGUGAAGGCAACAAGGAGGUUGCCUUGGGGACUUCGAAGAUCAACUACAUCGACCCACGGCUCAGUGUUGUCUUCUCCAACAAGUUCGACGUGCCGAUCGAGCGGCUGUUCCCAAAGACUCUCCGUGAGAAGUUCACUUGGGCGAUCGCCUCGAUCGGUGACGACGAUGCCUGGGAGUUCUAAUCCUUUGUCCGCGCGGAGGUCCAGCAGCCACAUCAUCAUCAUCAUACAGUACGUAUUAAUAGUCGACUGGGCCCAAUGCCAGGGCGAGCGAGCCCUCAGAAAUGGACGUGGACGCGGACCCGGGCGGCAGUUGGACGGUACAUUUCUUGGUUCGUCGAUGGGUCUAGCAACUGCCAGGCAUGCAAACCUUGUUACUAGACGACGCGACGGGAAGCAUUCUGCAAGGGGCAUCAAUCUGCCAUCGUGAUAAAACCAUUUGAAUGCUCACCGCCUCAUAGAGAGGGUGCUAGAUGCGCCUUAGAAGCACACGGACGUUCCGGCUCGGUCCGCAGAGUAGAGACAAGGUUUGUGGAAACAAUGCUGAGGCAGCAAAACAAACCCAAACAAACAGGAAAAUUGCUAGAGGAAGCGAUGAUUUUACAUAGUUAAAGAGUAAAUCGUUUUCAUCA